AUGCCGAUCCCCAUCUCGGAGCCUGAGACGCCGCCACAGCCCGCAAGCCGAGCGAAUUCCAAAGGAUCACCGGGCGACUCCUCGCCGCAGCGCAAGCUGAAGAAAGCUCGAAGCGAGCAUGUGAAAGGGCUAGUGACAAACCUGUGGCGCUCUCGUGAAGACGGUGAUUUCGUCUUCAACGUUUGUGGAGGUACCUUGCGAGCCCAUGGCUGCAUUUUAUCUGCCGCAUCACCCGUGUUCAAGGCCAUGCUAUCCAGCGGGAUGUCGGAGGGCCUCUCCAAUUCCAUGUCAGUGGAGGCAGAUCCGGCAGAACUGCAGGCGAUGCUUCGCUUCAUCUACUUGGGUGAAUUGGAUGCGACUGGACAACAGCUCCCAGGUGUACUGGAACUGGCACACAAGUACGAGGUUCUAGACUUGAUCCCUCCCGUUUGUGAAGCCAUGGUGGACCAGCUGACCAUCGACACGGCGGUGUCCUUUGUCCGCGUGCUUCGGUUGCUCGAGGCCGCAGGCGGCCCCGUGGCCCCGAUGGCGCCCCAGGCGGUGGACGGGACAUACGUGGUGGAGCUGGAGAAGGAGAUGGAGACACCCAGCUGUGAUAGUUCCACUGGUGUUCAAGCUUGGAUGACACUUCCGGCUGAGAGCCUCCCGAGUGUUCCACCUGCUGCGCGGACGACCUGUACUGGCUUGUCACAACCGAUUCAGCCUGUGGAGGUCACAACGAAAGAGCGUCCGUUUCUGGCAGAAUCUCAAGUGAGCUUUCCAGGAGAAGAUGGCGAAGCAUCUCCGAUUGCCCAAGCCUUCCAAGCCGUUGGCAAGAAGAUCGCGAGUGACCCUGAACUCUUGAUGGCCACUUUGAGAUCGCUGUAA